AUGACUUCAACCAACACCGACGGCAUGAACAUCAAAUUCGGCCCCUUCGAGGUCACCAAGCAAGUCUUCCUCACAACGCCCCAUUCCUACGGCCUCGUCAACCUCAAACCUCUCCUCCCAGGCCACAUCCUCAUCUGCCCGCUCAAGCCGCACCGCCGCCUGCUGGACCUCUCCCCCGCCGAGACAACAGAUCUCUUCACCACCGUGCAGCUCGCGCAGAAGCUCCUCGCGAAGCUCUACUUCCCCGAUCCGUCGGACUUCACAUCCGGCAGCUUCACCGUCGCGCUUCAGGACGGCGCCGACGCGGGCCAGACGAUCCCGCACGUGCACGUCCACAUUAUCCCCCGCAGAAAGGGCGACAUGGGCGAGGCGGCAGACGAGAUUUACGUCAAGCUGUCCGGCGAGGAGGCGAAUGUAGGAGGCGCCUUGUGGGAUCGUGAGCAUGGGAGACCGCAGCCGGCGGGGAAGAUGCCGAGCAUUGAGGAUGCAGAACGCAAUCUGCGGACAAUGGAGCAGAUGAUUGAGGAGGCGGACAAGUAUAAGUCUGUGCUGGGAGAGAUGGGUGUCGGCAGCGCCAAGGCAGGUGAGCGACUGUGA